CUUGUUCUCGCCUGACUAUCACAGCACCCAUGUUACUGUGAGUCAAAGACCUUUGCCCCAGUCAGGAGAGCGACACUUGCAGCUGACUAAGCAAGCUCAUCAAGUAUUAAGGCCCAUGUUGCUGUAGUUGAAUUGUCUUUUCUAGGAGCAAAGGGGUGCAAGGUGUUUGUUGUCAUAAUAGUAUAAUGGAAUGGAGCCCCUACAGGGAAGCAUUCUAUUCUGUUCAGAAAUGCCAGAAUUCUACUUUUGAUUGCAAUGGUUCCCACGACAACUCUGUGAUGUCAUAAUCAGCAGCAUUCUAACUUGUGUGAAUGCCCCAUGCCAGUUAUCUUUCAUUACCGGGGGCAAAAAUCAGGCUGCACAGUGCGUGUUGUGUGCUGCAAUAGGCUAUCAACGCAGUGUUGCAAAACAACACAACCCAGUUGGGACGCAGACGGUGAUCAGCGGCGGCAGGCAGCAGCAGCAGACGAUAGCAGCAGCAGCAGCAUGGAGUUGCCAGAGUUCCUGAGGCGCGCGCGGCUGCCCGACAUGGCUGAGGUGCGUGACUACCUCAACAGCCUGUCGUCCAACACGCUGAUGGGCAUGGGUGCCUUCACCGCCCUCUCCAUGCUCUGGUACGCCCGCCGCCCCCGCGCCCUCGACCCGCCCUGCGACCUCUGGCAGCAGUCCGUGGAAAUUGAGGGUGGCGAGUAUGCACGGCGGUCGGUCCUGAUGGAGGGUGGCAAGCUGCUGACCUACUACUAUGAGGACUCCAAGACCCUCUAUGAGUUCCUACUCAGAGGAGUGCGCAUGUCCAACAAUGGCCCAUGUCUGGGAGGUAGGAAACCCAAACAGCCUUACGAGUUUUGGUCAUACUCAGAGGUGGUGGAGAUGGCAGAGUGCUUCGGCUCGGCGCUACUCCACAGGGGUCACUCCAAGUCCAAAAACCCCUACAUCGGCAUCUUCUCUCAGAACCGGCCUGAGUGGACCAUGUCUGAGAUGGCCUGCUACACAUACUCUCUGGUGUCUGUCCCCCUCUACGACACUCUGGGCACUGAAGCUAUAGAGUACAUCAUUGACAAAGCCUCCAUCGCCACGGUGCUAUGUGACGUCCCUGCCAAGGUCACUCUGCUGCUGGACAGCCUGUCGGGCCGCAAGCACACCGUCACCACCAUCAUCGCCAUGGAGGAGGUGGGCCAGGAGCUGGUGGCCAUGGGCAAGCAGAACAACAUUGACAUCAUCACCUUCAAAGAUGCUCUGGCUGUGGGCAAAGCAAACCGCAAACCUCCCAUGCCCCCACUUCCUGAUGACCUCGCUGUCAUCUGCUUCACCAGUGGAACCACAGGAAACCCGAAGGGGGCCAUGCUCACACACAAGAACGUUGUGUCCGACUGCUCAGCGUUCAUGAAGAUUAUAGAGAAAAACUGUCCCAUCUCCAACACUGAUGUCCACAUAUCCUACCUUCCCCUGGCUCACAUGUUUGAGAGAGUCGUGCAGGGGGUGAUGCUGGCCCACGGCGCCUCCAUUGGCUUCUUCCAGGGGGACAUCCGGCUCCUGAUGGACGACCUUGCCGCCCUGAAGCCCACUGUCUUCCCCGUAGUGCCCCGCCUGCUCAACCGGAUGUACGAUAGGAUCCAUUCACAGGCCAGCGGCGCGAUAAAAAAGUGGCUCCUUGGCUUCGCCUCGCGCAGGAAAGAGGCUGAAAUGAACAGCGGCAUCAUGCGCCGAGACAGCAUCUGGGACAAGCUCAUCUUCAAGAAAGUGCAGGCCAACCUGGGUGGUCGCGUGAGGUUGAUGCUGACGGGAGCAGCUCCAGUGUCGGCCACCGUGCUCACAUUCCUCCGCGGUGCGCUGGGAUGCCAGUUUUAUGAAGGCUACGGACAGACGGAGUGCACCGCGGGGUGCACCAUCACACUCCCAGGGGACUGGACAGCAGGACAUGUUGGAGCUCCCCUGCCUUGUAACUUCAUCAAGCUUGUCGACGUUUCCGAGAUGAACUAUCUUGCUGCUAAUGGAGAGGGCGAGGUGUGUGUGAAGGGACCGAACGUGUUCCUGGGAUACUUGGAGGACCCUGACAAGACGGCAGAGGCCCUCGAUGGAGACGGUUGGCUCCACACCGGAGACAUCGGCAAAUGGUUACCGAAUGGCACCCUGAAGAUUGUGGACCGUAAGAAGCACAUCUUCAAGCUGGCCCAGGGGGAGUACAUCGCCCCAGAGAAGAUUGAGAACGUCUACAUCAGGAGCGACGCUGUGGCACAGGCCUUCGUCCACGGAGACAGCCUGCAGGCCUGCCUCGUAGCCAUCAUCGUGCCAGACCCGGAGGUCUUACCCAAAUGGGCCAAGAGCAGAGGCAUCAACGGGUCCUACGAUGAGCUGUGCAAAAAUCAGGAUGUGAAGAAGGCGAUUUUGGAAGACAUUUUAAAACUAGGCAAAGAUGGAGGACUGAAGUCUUUUGAGCAGGUGAAGGACAUUGCUCUUCACAACGAGAUGUUCUCAGUGGAGAACGGGCUCCUCACCCCCACUUUCAAAGCCAAGCGGGCAGACCUCAAGAACCACUUCAGGGAGCAGAUUGACGAGCUCUACUCCCACAUCAAGAUGUAGGCCCCCCAUCCUAGGAGAGGAACCUCGCGAGGAACCGGAACUGGAACCAAAAGCACAAUAGGAACUUUACCAAAAAAGGGAGCCUCUUCCUCCUCAGGGAAACGCUUGGUGGCAUCCUAGCGACUGGCCUCUUAAUGUCGGCAAGCGAGCAAUGACUGCAGACCUGGGUCUCUCUCAUGAACAAAUAAACUCACAACACAGGAACAUCUGUAAAAGGAAGCAGGGAGUUUAUAUUGUUGAGAUAUUUAUGAUUAUUUUAUUUUUUCCCCACCUGAAGCCAUAUAUUAUUUUUAAAAACUGUAUUUAUUUUGUUCAUGCCACAUGAAGAUAACAAUAUCACAUAUGAAGAUAAACUGUAAAGAGCACAAAUCGAUGUUGUCAGGAAAAGUGCCUUCAGCUACUAGUAGCUUGACUUCAUCAAACUUGUGUCAUACCUGUAAAAAAAAAAGAAGAAGAAGAAGUUAUUUAAAUUGAAUGCAAUUCCGUUAAUCAGCUCUCAAACUGUGGACAGGGUUUCCCUCUGUUUGCCUCUGAUGGAGUAAUGAUGGAACAUUGUCAAAGUCAGCUGAAUGAUGGCCUGUCAAUCAAUUUAAUGUCUCGAUAACAGCUAAAAAUGUUAAGUCAUACAUUUUAUUUGUCGGUUUUACCUUUAAAUCUAAGGUAAACUCAGCACUGAUUUUUGCUGAUUUUUAAGUCCUUACACAUUUGUUUGGAUCAGUAGGAAAAUGAAUACAAGUGCAGGUUGUUUUUUUUGUUUUGUUUUUGUUUUUGUUUUUUUGUCUUUUGUUUUCAAGAAAUGAUUCAUGUCAAAAGUUUUGUGCCACACAUUGUCUUGCAUUUCAUGCCACUCCGUGUUUCUCAUUUUUUGAGAGAUAUAUCACUGUCAUUUUAUUUGUCUGCGUUUUUGUUUUUGUUUUGUUUUGGGGAAUACAAAUUUCUUGGUUAAAAUGAAUUUGAAUUUGAAUUUAAACAUUCCUUAGCUGUCAACCAAAGACAGGGAUAGAUGCAGGCAGACAAUCAGAAUCCCUCCCAGUACUGCAGUGUGCACAAUCACAAAAGCCCGCCUGGACGGUCGUUUAAUUUGGAGGCUGCGACAGUUGUGUGGAGAAAUUUCAGUGCCUUUUAAUCGUUAAGAUAGCUGCAAACUUGAUAAUGAAUUUUUUCAGUUUUUGAAGCCCAAAUUAUAUCAGCAGAGAUAUAAGUUAUGUGAUGUGGGUUAGUUGUGCUCAUUCACACAUCCACUCAAACAUAUCCAAAGAUUCAGUGCUGCAUAUAGUCUCAGUGUCCUCAAUCUUGGCCUCCAAACUUGGAUCCCAACUGACAUGCUCCUUUUUCAAUACUGUUGUAUUGAAAUUUUAUUAUUAAAAUAACACAAGCGUUGGACCAUAAGGCUCAUGAUUUGAAGUAAGAUGUUUGUAAAAUAUCAGUAGUGUUAUUGAAAAAUGCUGUCCAAUGUUCAAUGAAAUGAUUUUGAGAUAGCCAUGUAAUUUCCUUUGAAAUCAACUCGGUUCGAAUUUCUGUCACUGUGAAGCAAGAUGUCCUUCAACAAUAGCAGGGAAAUUGCUAUGCUACUGUGUUGACCAUUUUGUUGUGGAUACUUUUGUGAAGGUUAUUUAAGUGAGAACUAAUAACACUUGGUGAUGCAGUCGAGUCAAUGAGUUAAGUACAAUGAAUGUUUGUAGGUAUCCAUUUUCCAUUGAAUGUUGUUGGGUAGCGUGUGUAUCAGAUUCAUGUGCACUGCUGAUGGUGCAUCACAUUUUUGUGAUCGGCACAAUUAAUAAAUGCCCUUCAGAUA